CGACACUGUGGCUGGUGGCGCUCUCCAAGAACCCCGCCAACAGCUUGGCAAACACCCCGCCAUCCUUCCCCUCCAUUGAGCAACAAUCGCGGGGCAAUCUUAGCAGUGGCAGCGCAACCAGCAAGUUCUCAACACGCAACGUGUCCUUUGCCUUAUAAUUCACCAGAACCCUUUAGUAUAACGGUGUUGACAAGAGCGUCCGUCGCUCCACCAACGUGCACAAUGUUCAAGAAAGACCUCAACGCCUCCCCCAAGCAGAGACAAAAGCUCAAGUCGUCUAUCCAGCGCUCGAUCCGGCAGUCCCUCCUCAACACAUACCCACUCCUGACGCCCGUCAUCGACGAGGUGCUCCCGAAGAAGUCCUCCCUGGAGCAGGUCAAGCUCCCCGACCGCGUGCUGCUCUACCUGAUCGACAACCAUCCGGUCUUCUACCAGCAGGACAGCGACGGCGUGCUACUCCCACACCUGCGUCUGGUCCAUCGUUUCCCGCAAUGCUUCCCGACCAUACGCAUCGACCGCGGCGCCAUCCGGUUCGUGCUCAGCGGCGCCACUCUCAUGGCCCCAGGGUUGACGAGCAAAGGGGGACGGUUGCCGAUUCCGGUUGACAGGGGCGCAGCAACUGGGGAAGAAAAGAAAGAUGCGCAGAAGGAAGGGGAAGAAGGAGGGGAGGCGGGCGAAGAUGACGGGGAGGCGAAGACGCCGGACGAGGGGCCUGAUGAGGACGGGCAUUGGAGCAGGGAGCUGGAGAAAGGGGAGCCGGUCGUUAUUAUGGCCGAAGGGAAGGAGGAGGCUUGUGCCGUUGGGGUGUUGACUAUGGGCACGAAGGAGAUAAAGGAGAAAGGGAAAGGACCGGCUAUGGAGGAAACUCAUUACCUCGGAGACGGGCUGUGGCGGUUAAGUCUGGACUAAUAGGUGCUUUAUCCAGACGGUAUAGCCUGCUAGAAGCUUUGCUGGGUGAUGACAUCGGGAUUAAAUUGUAACGAGCAAGUCGCCAGCUUAUCCUCAGUGGUUGAUUCUGUCAAGGACCGGCUGGCUCUUGACUUU